CGUGGUUCGUCCGACGGGCGCGCCGAGCCCCAGUCGUCAGUGUGUGCGCGCUCGUGGUUCGCUCCGGCCGCUGCUGUCGACGCUCCUCCGCGACACCCCACGUCUGUCUCUCUGGAGAGCGCGCGUCAUUCUCGCGGGUCUCUCUCACUGACGCCGUACUUGAUCCCCGCAUCACGGACGACGACAGCGUGUCAUAAACUGCUUGCGUGGCGCUUGGGCCGAGCCAUCCCCUAUCGCCGCUCCUUCAAAUCCACACCGCUCUCCGCAUUCUUUCUCUUUAUUCUUCGUCGGCGACUGUUGUCAAACAUUGCGUUGUGUGCGCGCGCGUGGAGCAGUGAGAGGCUACGAUAUCUAAUCGGUCCAUUCCUGACGUUACCUUCGCGCCUUCUUGGUGGUUGAGCCUCCUGUUCGAGCGUGCUUAAUCGCUGGGCACCUCGCGCCCAGAAAGUUUCUACCCUGGUGCACGUCGGUCCGCCGAGUCACCCCUGCCUCCGAGUCUGGGACGAGUGAAAGCGCGCGCGCGUUUCCGAGCGUGCUGCGGCGCGGGGCCUGUCCAACCGAAGGCUACGCCGCCGUGUGUCCGCUCAGGCACGUCUCCCUUUGAUUCUGGGACAAGGCGGGAUCCCGUGUGGGGCAGCGGCUGCGCAGCCAGCCCGUGUGCCGCGCCUGCCCCGCCCCCUGGUGUCCGGUAGCAUGAGGUAGCAGGCCAGCGCAGCCAGCGCCUUCCUCCUCCUCUCCCCUCUCCCCCUUCCUGGUCCUAACGUUGCCACCAGCUGCAGUGGCAAUGCGCAGCAGCGCCUUGCUACUGCCCAGGCCCACCCGGCGGUGGGUGGCGCUGUGCGCUGCCUGCCUGCUCGCCGCCUUCUUCUGCUACUCCUUCCUCGGCUCGUGCCGCUCGGGGAACUUCAGCAUCACAUACGUGGCACCAGAGCGGUUCGUGUGGGGCCGCAACGCCGAGAAGGUGCACUACGACCGCCACAUGCCGCUGAUCUUCAUCGGCGGCAUGCCCCGCAGUGGCACGACGCUCAUACGCGUGCUGCUGGACGCGCACCCGGACGUGCGCUGCGGCGAGGAGACGCGCAUCAUACCGCGCCUGCUCUCGCUCAAGCAGCAGUGGUCCAAGAGCCCCACCGAGGUGCAGCGACUCAUCGAGGGGGGCAUCACGGACGAGGUUCUGGACUCGGCCAUGACGGCGUUCAUCCUGGAGGUGAUCGUGCGGCAUGGCAAGCCGGCGCCGCGGCUUUGCAACAAGGACCCGUUCACGCUGCGAGCCGCCGUCUACUUGCACAAGCUGUUCCCGCAGGCAAAGUUCCUGCUCAUGAUACGCGACGGCCGGGCGGUCGUGCACUCCAUCAUCACGCGAAAGGUGACGAUAACGGGCUAUGACCUGAGCGACUACCGGCAGUGCCUGAAGCGCUGGAAUGCCGCCAUGUACUCCAUGUACAACCAGUGCCAGCAGCUUGGGCCCAGCAUGUGUAUGCCCGUUUACUAUGAGCAACUGGUGCUGCACCCCAAGCAGUGGCUGCAGCGCAUCCUCGCCUUCCUCGACGUGCCCUGGAACGACUCGGUGCUGCACCAUGAGCAGGUUAUCAACCAGUCAGGCAUAUCCCUUUCCAAGCUGGAGCGUUCCACGGACCAGGUGAUCAAGCCUAUCAACUUGGAGGCACUGAGCAAGUGGGUCGGCCAGAUUCCCGAGGACGUUGUGCGCGACAUGGCCAAAGUGGCACCCAUGCUGUCCGAGUUGGGCUACGACCCAAUGGCCAACCCUCCAAACUACGGCCGACCUGACUCAUUCGUGCUCAAUAACACGCUACAGAUCAAGCGCGACACAGCCGAGUGGCGUGCUCGAGAAAUGGAGCUGGCUCAGCACCGCGAUGCCAUUCGCCGUGGUGCCAUAAGACGCAAGGCUGAGGAAGAGGCUAUGGCUAGGACACCCACACCUUAGGAAAAGAAACAGUGUGUGUGUGUGACAUGAAAAACUUGGAACUGUGUGACUCGAGGAGUGUUUUGUGUAGGACCACAGCAGUCACUUCAUUAACGUAAAAACGAAGGGCUUGGAGCAGGCAGCCACGUUUUUCAGUCACUUUAGCACAAGUCGAUUGUGGCUGGCAGCUUUAGUUUACGCCAUAAGGCGGAAUGUACAAGACGUCAGGUGUUCUUUUGAAUCAGUUUUUCUCAAAUGUUACCUCAUCAGUCUGUUAGUUGGUCACUUGGCUCUAAAGUUAAGCUGAAACUUUCACAGCUUGCUUUGCGGACAGUCCUGUCAAGAAGAGUUCAAAAUUAGAAAAAGUUGCUUUGUGUGGGAUCUUCAAGUAUCAAGAGCCCUGUUUGCAUUCAUUCAUUUUUAAGUUAUUCAUAAAGGUAUCGAAUCAGCUGUGCAAUGUCAUUGGACUGAGUAACUUUUGCCCCAUAGUCACUGUGUCAUCACAUGACAUUUGAAGCUGUGUGUAAACCAUCUCUGUUCCAUAAUAAUAUUAAUUUGAAAUUUUUCAAAGUGCAGUUUAGCUUUGUCAACUUGUACAGAAGGAGGAAAAUAGUUUGGCAACUCUGAGAGCUCUUAGGUUGUUUGCAAGCAUUGGCAUCAUCUUAGGUCUGUGUUGUAAAUUCUGGCAAAUUCUGCUUUGUUUUUGUUUUUGCUCGUUCGGUUUUCUUCAGCUGAUGCCAACAGCGACAGUCAUUCAUUGAAAAGGCAGACACAGUGAUGGAGUGAGUGUUGGAACCAUGUGUCAUCAGCCUGUUUAUUUUGUUGAGUAUCGAACUGCAGAGUGCUUAUACUGCCACCUUCAUCUUGCUGCUUCAUGCAUGGCAGUCUUGCACUAUUGUAGUGGCCUAGCUGAAAGCUCAAAUAUCUGAUGUGAAACUAAGAUUUCGGAAUGCAUAACUCAUUUAUAGAAGAUGCUUAGGCUAUUGUCCACAAUGAAAAGAGUGACACAAUGUGCAAAUUUUGAUGAUAGCACACAGCGUUCAUUUAAAUUUUGUUUAUGGUCAUAGAAAGCUGCAUUUAAAGCAAGAACGUUGUAAUUUGCAAAUCUUUGCCUCUCUUAUGAUAUGUCUACUAAGCUUGAGAAUCUCAUUUUGAAGUCAUUUUGUGUCCUGACUGGGUGCCCAGUUUGUGCGUGCUUCUUCCCCUUAAGCUUAAAAUUUCUAAAUUUAUAGUUCGCUUUCCAUGCUGAUAAUUGAUGUUUAUGGCCUUGCAGUGUGUCACUAAGCAGAAGUGCACUGUGCAUGGUGUAAGCAUUAAAUUUUAUCCAAACUAGCUGAUAGAUUUUCUUUCCAGGAGAUCUUUCUGCCGAAUUCAUCUUAGAAUAGCUCCUUUUAACUUAUAAUUGGAAGUCGUUAUGUAGAAUACUGAUUAUACAAUGAACGUUUUAACACUUAAUACGAACUCUGUAGUGCAAAGGCAUACAAGAAGAAUGCUGGCUACUAAAAAGCAGGUUUACAUUCAUGAGGUGAAAUUUUUGCACACACUUUUACUUCAGGACAACUAAAGUUAGUACAAGAACUUCUUUUCUGCUGUAUUCUCACAAUGCAGUGAAUUUAAUGGGGUCACUCUUAAAAGGUCCUGAAGUAGUUAAUUUUGCUAUGACUGUUUCUGUGCAUUUGGCUAUGUCACAUUUUUUAUUAGUAAUCUGGGCUAUAUCAUUGCACCGCCAAUCUGCAUGUUCUGCAAGCUUUAAUGCAGGACCUUAAAUCAGCCUAAUGAUAUCAAAGCAUUCAAGAACACUGAAAUUACCAUGACAGCCUGUCCGCACAGCAAGAGACGUACAUUGUGGAAGAGAUAGUUUACAAAAGAGUGAAGCUAUUUCUAUUGAGCGCACAAGAACGGAACUAGUAGUUUCAUUAAGCUAUAUGGUAUUGCUUCUUGAAGAUCACUAGGUUAUAAAUGUGCCAUCACACAUGGUUUCUCAGUGUAUUUCUGUUGCGAUGGAAAGUCAGAGCUUAUUACCGAAGUCAAGCACCUCUCGAAACACGUGUGAUAGACUAUGUAAAUAGCAGUGUGAAUCAAAAGGCGUGCGUGGUAAAAUGCAGCUAUUCUGUUGGUGCGCUUGUCUGAGCUCAUGGGUAUUUCAUUACCUUUCCUUCUGGCUUUCGUUAUGUGCUGCUUUACAGAUGCACUGUGCAGGGCCGGGGUCUUUUUCUUUAUUGACAUCAACUGUUCUGUUUAUCUUUACUCAGGAGUCCUUGCCUUUUAUUGACACACUUAUACUGUGGACAGGGCAUUCUCUGUGGGCAUAUACAACAAAGCAUCGUUCUCACAGGCAGCAUUAGAAUGUGGUCACUCCUAAAUAUAGACACUAAUACUGAAGUGUCAAUAAAAACUGAAAGGAGGGGAUGCUUCAUCAUAUAUUUCAUACAAGCAGGAAAUGAAGAUCUCAUCCUGCAGAUAAUGAUCCUUAUGGUCAUGCCCUCCUCUUGUCUUAGAUAAGGCAGCAUCAUUCCAUUUUGCUUGGCUUAUGUCGCUCAGCAGAUUUUUCUUCUGCUCAAGUUUCAGUGCGAAAAUAGGUGCAACCUUGUUCCUUUUGCGAAGGCUGUGAUUUCUUAUGUACCUUCCUGCCGUGUGGGUCACUGCAUUCGUGACCUGAUGCAAGUUCUUGAUGUUUUUGUUGCUCUUUUCUUUCUUAGGAGAGGCGCUCAUAUGCCAUUAUGACGUUUCGUUACCCCUCUGCAUCUCCUUGCUGCACUCCAAAGAUGUUCGGGAAUAUGAUGCACAAUCUAAAAGAGAUAUGCACACAUUUUUUUCUACAGUGAGGAGAGAAAGUACUGUCAUGCAUAAAUACAUAUGUAUAGCGGUGCAGAAUUUCAUCAUCUAUUUGUGUUUGCUAUUGUUCAAGGACAGUGACUGCAAAUCAUUCUUUUUUUCUUUCUUCUCGAGAUAAGUGUCGCCCAUUGCUUUUGGAAACUGUGAGAUCUGACAUGGAUGUUUUCAGCAGUGGUGCCUGACCUUGUAAAAGUGGUGGUGGGCCAACCAGUAGGAUUCUUGUGCGCAGCGUGGACUGUGGAGGUUCAAGAAUUUUUUGCAGAUGGUUGGGUGUAUUAUACUGGAGUGCACGCACAUUUUUGUUUUCCUGCACAUGCACUAUUUCUGUCAAGCAGUAGUUUGUGGGUUAAUGUGAAUGCUGGUGCAUGGAGCUGGUGUGUGAGAUGUUGUUUACAAAAAAUUUCACGAAACCAAAAAAAAAAAAAGCCUAGAGAUGAAACAUUGAACAAGGCUGUCUGUAGUGGUGCUUAGAUUUAGUAUGUUGGGUUUGUACUUGUGGAUGUACUGCUGCCUGAGAACUGCUCAGGAUGUUUUGAUAUGCAUACUGAGUAUGCCUACGGUGUUGUUACAGAAGUACUUGGAAGGUUAUAGAAGUAAGAGCAAGCAUGUUUUUAGUUAUGCCUGAAGUGAAAGUAGUUUAGCUCUAUCAAUCAACCAAGAAAGAAUGGGCUUAACAUAAGGUACCUAAAUGUUUGUACCUAAGAGGACAGUAUAGCUAAAUGGCCUUUAGCUAUAAGCGGAAAAGCUGCAUUGAGAAGCAGUGUACAUUCAAAGUACAGAUCGAAUUCCUAGUAGUUUGCAGACGACAGUGUAGAGCAUGUUAUGCAUGAAAUCACUGAGGUCUAUUUGUUCUCGAGUGUACACGAAUAUGAAAUUUUGAAUCUACUUGUCAUUUCCAAGUGCAAACGUAAUGUCUAAGUGAUGUAGUGUGCACAUUGUUUUCCAUUUCAUUGCACCAUUAUUCUGGUGCUUCAGUGCACACGUUUAGAUAUUUGUUCUCAUUGAAUUACUUUCAAUGAAAAAUAUUUUUUCUACAUGGGCUGCUACAAUUUGCAUAUUUGCUAUGAGAGCCGACUUUAAUAUUAUUAAUCACCAGCUAAACUUUAGAUAAUAUUGCAGCUGUACUUUCUGGACAGUGCAUACGAAAAACACCUGUUACUGGCCAUCAUUCUUCAUGUUCAUGAAACUGUUUAUUGCAGUCUAAAUUCAUAGCCUCUCUCUAGUAUUCACUGCAUCCAUCAGUAGGUCUAGAGAUAUCAAGGCCACUUGUUUAGGAUAAACUGGAAAACGGGUUCCUUUUUUAUUGUUAGAGAGGAACAGACGGAAAUUUUUAGUGGAGAUGCAAGAGAUCACUGGUGGAGAGUCUCAUGUACUUGUAUUCUUUUAUUGCUUUCUUUUCUUUCUGAAGAUGCAAGAAAGCUAUCUCUUUCGGGUUGCCGACACAAGCAAGUGCCUUUGUUCCGCCAAUCCACAUAUCGUGUGUGCCAACUCUUCCUAAGAGUACCACGUGACUCUGACUGUUUCCUUGUGUAAUCAGAGAGAUGUGCACUCUUUGUGUAUUCCAUGCCGAAAGUCUGGCUGAAAGUGCACUUCUGCAAAGGUACCCAAUACAUGUUUAUUCUAUCAGUAUAAGUGCGCUUUCCAAAUAAUUGCCUUGUUUCCUACAAAAUCUCUUAAACAUCAACCAAUCACAUGAUAGAGGCCACGUGCUUGAUAGGCAUUCGAAGCUCAUUAAAAUACUGGUCUUUUAUUUGAGCCAUUGAUAUCUGUUAGCAUAGUCACAGACUUGUGUUAAAUUACAUCUAUAACUUGCAAGUGCCCUCAUGAGCAAAAGUAAGCAUUGUUUGACUUAGUAUUUCAUUCUGCUGUUCUUUUUGGCUGGAAAGAUUAUUAUUGUUCCAUAUUUAAAACAUUGCUAAGCAGUGGCACUACAAUGCAAACUGAAGUAAACGAAAAAAAUUCUCAAGUCACACUAACAUGGUUUUAGUGUGGGAGUUUGCAAUCAAGUCACUUGAGUCCCUUAAGCCAUGCUGCUUUCAAGCCAUGAAAGCAAUGAUGACAUAAAAAACAAGAUUGUCUCUGAUGUCUGUUCUGUGCAAGUACUUCAAUUACUUGAUUACUUUUCUAAAGUUAUGUUUCGCUUUACAAGCAGUAGUACUUAUUUAAAAUAUGUGCUCUGUUCUAAUGCUGCCAGGACUACGUGAGGUUCUCCAAGCUACAGCUGCAAGCCAAGCUGCAAUUGGCUGAAGUAUGUGAGCCAGGGUUCUAACCAGUCGAAGCACUAGCCAGCCAGACUUCAGGCAACAUGCACAACAGCUUUUAAAAAAAAGGCGCAACAAUGAGUUGGGUGAUGGAAAUACUCUAAACUACCCGAACAUGGGACAGAUUGCUUCAAUCACUGCUUGUUUUUGAAUGUGCCAGUAACACCACAUUGUGCAUGAUGCACUCAGUGAUACUUGAUAAAUAUUGGUGAAUGUUAAACACAGUAACAUACAAAAGGAAAGAAAAUGUCUGCAAGUUCUUGAAGGCGCCAUACUCUCAGCAUUGCAUGUCACCAGAAAUCUAAUUGCCUGGUGCGCAUAGUGUAACAACGGGAAGCCCAUCUGAAGAGCCAUUUUAUAAAAAUAGCUGUUCAGGUGGACUUCCCGUGGUCGCUUACCGUCGCCGUGACAUUUGAUUUCAUUGAACAUCACUUACCUUGCAAUCCUGUAUAAUUUUGCCGGUCUGCUCAUCGGUUUCUGCAUUUGGGUGUUGCUUGAGUAAUGCCUUGGUGUUCAUUUUCUUGUUCUUAUUCAGCUAGCUCGUUAUUAUAAAGUAGUCCACAGUCAUUAAGAGGGUUUUGCACUGUCCACAUCAAGCAUCCGACAUUGCAGGAAACAUUUUUUUCUCAGCUAAAAUUGUCUUUAAUCCACUGGUGCGUGGUGUGCCAAGCCCUCGGCCAGCGUCUCUGCUGCACUGUUCCGUUUGUGGGACCAAGGAAAUGCAGCCGCCAUUUUGCACCAUUGAGUUGAAAAGCGGCAAAAUCCCUCUUGUCAACAUAGCUUUCUGCAAAGGACAAAUAAAGCUGUGCAUAGUGGAACCCGAUGGCAUGAAAACAAGAUGUUUAAAUAUGUCCUUGAUAAUGCAGGAUAUAACGUUCUAAUACCGCUGGUUGUUCUGAUCAGACUGCAGUUGUACCUCGUUAUAAUGAACAAUUCCAUGGUGAAUUAUUUGAUACUGUACAAUAAAUUUGACAUUUGGAUAGUCAUGCUCUCCUAAGGUGGAACUUUUGUUUCUAUGUAACUGCAAAUGGCACAAAAUUAUGGGGAGAGGAGGUCUGUUGGCUUUAGCAAGGCAAUUUUUUUUCUUGCAAACCUUAAAAUUGUAUUUAUUGUUGAAACUCUAGACUGGCGAUGCAGUGACACCUGAGGGUGGUAGCAAUUCAGGGUCUCAAUCACGCGUAUACACUCUGCACUGUCUCAGUAUCGACACAUGCAUCCAGUGUUCUUCAUCUUAGUGAUUUUCCAGAUUAUAACUGGUGUCACAGUGUCUUUGCAGUGCUCUGCAAUAGAAGACAAUGCUGACAGCAUUUUAGUUGCAACAACCAAUGCAGAAUGGUGGCAGUGAUAAUGGGCAAAAGCAUAUGAAUAUCGAAUGCACCUGUCAGUAUUUAUGCCACUAUGCACCACAUUACAUUACCAGUGCAAUCCAUAGUGAAUUAUAAAGAUUUCAUUUUCUUAUUCUAGUGCUGAUCCUUAGCGGUCAUUCGGUGGUUUUCGUACUUACCUUGCGUACCUUCUGCAAGGACUCGCUAGUAAAAUAAAGAUAACUGUUUAUUUCUUUAACGAUCAUUUUAUAUAAUGUUUGCAGGGUUUUUUUCAUUUGUUUUUAUGCAUAACUUCGUUAUAACGAGGUUCGACUGGUAACGUUUUUUCCCGAGUUUGAUACGAGUCGGUUUAAUAGCUAUGCCGAUAAAAACUGAUUCAUUCUGCUCAUGGAGGGAAGGGGUGUUGGUUAAGAACAGGUUGGCGGUGGCCAGCACAGCUGACUGGGAGCUUCUUUGUUGGCAGCUACACAGAUUGGCGCCCAUUUCACAUGCCAUAUUAUAAUAUAUACAAACAUACACGUAUAUAUUUUGUUGAAUGUGAUGUGGAGUAAUUUAUUGAUGAAGAAAAAAAAUGGCAACGUCCACGCA